ACAGUUCUGUCAAAGGUGGAAGGAGGAAUACCUCAAGGAGCUCCACAAGCGGACUAAGUGGCAGACGCCGACGCCAAAUCUGCAGGUUGGCGAUAUGGUGGUCAUCAAGGAGGAUAACCUGCCGUCCAACGAAUGGCGGCUCGGAAGGAUAACUUCCGUGUAUCCCGGUGCCGACGACAGGGUCCGUGUGGUGGAUAUCCUUACUGCCCGCGGUACCCUCAAAAGACCGAUUGUCAAGGUCGUUCUCCUGCCAGUAGAACCCCGUAGUUCCAUCCAACAAUAACUUCCAUCCUCAUCCAGACAUGGCCCCACGGAUCCGCGCCAGCCGCACCACGGAGAGCCGGCGUGAUCGAGGGAUCAACUCGUACCGUUGCCGGGUCUGCCGAGGAAUUCAUCCGCUACGGACCUGUCACCAUUUCCUUCGCCUGAGCCCUGAGAAGAGACUCCGAGCUGUCCUCAUUAACAAGUAUUGCGGGAACUGCCUGGCCCACCAACACUCCGGCCAGGAUUGUCGCAGUGGCGGGCUGUGCCGGGUGUGUGGCAAAAACCACCACACUCUACUCCACAUACCCUCGUCUCGUCGUCCAGUCCGCUCGGCCUCAGGAGCAUCGUCGCCAUCUACAGCGCCCCACGUCAAACGCCGACCUCGGCGUCCAGCCCGCUCAGCCUCGGCUGCAUCGUCGCCAUCCACGUCGGCCCACGCCGACCGCCGCCCGCGUCUCCCCGUGAGCCGCCCCGUGGCAGGGCCCCCGGCACCAUCCGUCGACUCACUUCUACAACAUCGAAGCCUCAUCAUACUCCCGACGGCGCUGGUGGUCUUGGAUACGGGUUCCAAAAACUUCGAGACGGCGGCGCUCAUCGACCCAUGCACGCCGGUGAGCUGUAUUGACGACUCCUUGGCCAGCGCCUUCAAGUUGCCCACCACUUGUGUGGGGGACGAGAAAGUGUGUACGGCGGUGAUCCGCGCCAAAAUGGGCGACUUCCAGUUGGAGACGAUGCUCAAGGUCGAGCCCCGUGUGCGCAUCCGCACGCCUAUCCGACAGCUGAGCGAUUCCGUGCGGGCGCGUUUCGGUGACCUGAGGCUUGCCGAUGAACAAUUCCAUCGACCGGCGACAAUCUCGCUCAUCUUGGGAGCAGAUGUCUACCCGAAGGUGAUCCAGCCCGGGUUCCUUGCGCGUGAGGACGGCCUGCCGGUGGCCCAGAGCACCGUUUUUGGAUGGAUCGUGUCGGGGGCGUGCACCCAGCCAUAGGCCACCCCAUUAUACUUUGCAAUCCUGCAAGGGGGGGGGAGGAUGUUCAGGCCAGCAAUAAGGAAUGUGCCGAAAAGAAACUGCACACUUACAAUCGUCAAUUUCUCGCAGUGCGAGCUUUCGAUCAUGCCGUUCGAUGCACCGUUAGAAAGCUUGAGAAAUUCUGCGUUGUUUGCAUGUUCAUUUUUCACUAUUCGCUUAUCAGUUUCAACGAUGCCUCGAAUUGAAGAGCAAGUUCGCAAAAAAAUUGUGCACAAUUAUUGCACAGAAAAAGGUGUGUCUUACAGACAAUUAGCUAAACGCUACAAAGUUAGUGUUAAUAGUGUUAAAAAUAUUAUAAUUAAGUUUGGAGAGACAUGUUCUUUAAAAGAUUUACCAAAAACUGGGAGAAAAAAGGGUCCAAGGGAUCAAAAUAUUGAUGAAAAAGUAUUAGCCUUAAUCCACAAAAAUAACACGAUGUCCGUUCGAGAAUUGGCAAAAAAA